AUGCGCGGCGUGGGCUGGCAGACGCUGUCCCUGUCGCUGGGGUUAGUGCUGGCGAUCCUGAACAAGGUGGCGCCGCAAGCGUGUCCGGCGCAGUGCUCCUGCUCCGGGAGCACAGUGGACUGUCACGGGCUGGCGCUGCGCAGUGUGCCCAGGAACAUCCCCCGCAGCACUGAGAGACUGGAUUUGAAUGGAAAUAACAUCACACGGAUUACUAAAACAGAUUUUGCUGGUCUUCGACACCUAAGAGUUCUUCAGCUUAUGGAGAAUAAGAUUAGCACCAUUGAAAGAGGAGCAUUCCAGGAUCUUAAAGAACUGGAGAGACUGCGUUUAAACAGAAAUCACCUUCAGCUGUUUCCUGAGUUGCUGUUUCUUGGGACUUCGAAGCUAUACAGACUUGACCUCAGUGAAAACCAAAUUCAGGCAGUUCCAAGGAAAGCUUUCCGUGGGGCAGUUGAUAUUAAAAAUCUGCAACUGGAUUACAACCAGAUCAGCUGUAUUGAAGAUGGGGCAUUUAGGGCUCUCCGGGACCUGGAGGUGCUCACUCUCAACAAUAACAACAUUACUAGACUUUCUGUGGCAAGUUUCAACCAUAUGCCUCGACUCCAUUCGAACAACCUGUAUUGUGACUGCCACCUGGCCUGGCUCUCGGACUGGCUACGCCAAAGGCCUCGGGUGGGCCUCUACACUCAGUGUAUGGGGCCAUCCCACCUAAGGGGCCAUAACGUAGCUGAGGUUCAAAAACGAGAAUUUGUCUGCAGUGAUGAGGAAGAAGGUCACCAGUCAUUUAUGGCGCCGUCUUGCAGUGUUUUGCAUUGUCCAGCUGCUUGUACCUGUAGCAACAAUAUCGUAGACUGCCGUGGGAAAGGUCUCACUGAGAUCCCCACAAAUCUGCCAGAGACUAUCACGGAAAUACGUUUGGAACAGAACUCAAUCAAGGUCAUUCCUCCUGGAGCUUUCUCACCAUAUAAAAAGCUUAGAAGAAUCGACCUGAGCAAUAAUCAGAUCUCUGAGCUAGCACCAGAUGCUUUCCAAGGACUACGCUCUCUGAAUUCACUUGUCCUCUAUGGAAAUAAAAUCACAGAACUCCCAAAAAGUUUAUUUGAAGGACUGUUUUCCUUACAGCUACUAUUAUUGAAUGCCAACAAGAUAAACUGCCUUCGGGUAGAUGCUUUUCAGGAUCUGCACAACCUGAACCUUCUCUCCUUAUAUGACAACAAGCUUCAGACCAUCGCCAAAGGGACCUUUUCACCUCUCCGUGCCAUUCAAACCAUGCAUUUGGCCCAGAACCCCUUUAUUUGUGACUGCCAUCUCAAGUGGCUGGCGGAUUAUCUUCAUACCAACCCAAUCGAGACCAGUGGUGCCCGCUGCACCAGCCCCCGGCGUCUGGCAAAUAAAAGAAUCGGACAGAUCAAAAGCAAGAAAUUCCGUUGUUCAGGUACAGAAGAUUAUCGAUCAAAAUUAAGUGGGGACUGCUUUGCCGAUCUGGCUUGCCCUGAAAAGUGCCGCUGUGAAGGGACCACAGUAGAUUGCUCCAAUCAAAAACUCACCAAAAUCCCAGACCACAUUCCCCAGUACACUGCAGAGCUACGCCUCAAUAAUAAUGAAUUUACAGUGUUGGAAGCUACAGGCAUCUUCAAGAAACUUCCUCAAUUACGUAAAAUAAACUUUAGCAACAAUAAGAUCACAGACAUUGAAGAGGGAGCAUUUGAAGGCGCAGCUGGUGUAAACGAAAUACUUCUCACGAGUAAUCGUCUGGAAAAUGUUCAGCAUAAGAUGUUCAAGGGAUUGGAAAGCCUCAAAACUUUGAUGUUGAGAAGUAAUCGUAUAAGCUGCGUAGGGAACGACAGUUUCACAGGACUCAGUUCUGUGCGUUUGCUUUCUUUAUAUGAUAAUCAAAUUACUACAAUUGCACCAGGGGCUUUUGAUACUCUCCAUUCUUUAUCUACUCUAAACCUCUUGGCCAAUCCUUUUAAUUGUAACUGCUACCUGGCUUGGUUGGGAGAAUGGCUCAGGAAGAAAAGAAUUGUAACGGGAAAUCCUCGAUGUCAGAAACCCUACUUCCUCAAAGAAAUCCCCAUCCAGGAUGUUGCCAUUCAAGACUUCACCUGUGAUGAUGGAAAUGAUGACAAUAGUUGUUCCCCACUCUCUCGCUGUCCUACGGAGUGUACCUGCUUGGACACGGUGGUCCGAUGUAGCAACAAAGCCUUGAAGGUCUUGCCCAAAGGUAUUCCAAGAGAUGUCACUGAAUUGUAUCUGGAUGGAAACCAGUUUACACUGGUUCCUAAGGAGCUCUCUAACUACAAGCAUUUAACACUUAUAGACUUAAGUAACAACCGAAUAAGCACCCUUUCUAAUCAGAGCUUCAGCAACAUGACCCAGCUCCUCACCUUGUGAGUAGGAAAGAACCGUUUGAGAUGCAUUCCUCCUCGAACCUUCGAUGGAUUGAAGUCUCUUCGAUUACUUUCUUUACAUGGAAAUGACAUUUCGGUUGUGCCUGAAGGUGCUUUCAACGAUCUUUCUGCAUUAUCACACCUAGCAAUUGGAGCCAACCCUCUUUACUGUGAUUGUAACAUGCAGUGGUUAUCCGACUGGGUAAAGUCGGAAUACAAAGAACCAGGAAUUGCUCGCUGUGCUGGUCCUGGAGAAAUGGCAGAUAAACUAUUACUCACAACUCCCUCCAAAAAAUUUACAUGUCAAGGUCCUGUAGAUGUCAAUAUUCUAGCUAAAUGUAAUCCCUGCUUAUCAAAUCCAUGUAAAAAUGAUGGCACCUGUAACAAUGAUCCAGUUGACUUUUAUCGCUGCACCUGUCCAUAUGGUUUCAAGGGGCAGGACUGUGAUGUUCCAAUUCAUGCAUGCAUCAGUAACCCAUGUAAACAUGGAGGAACUUGCCACUUAAAAGAAGGAGAAAAAGAUGGCUUCUGGUGUAUUUGUGCUGAUGGAUUUGAAGGAGAAAAUUGUGAAAUCAAUGUUGAUGACUGUGAAGAUAAUGACUGUGAAAAUAACUCUACAUGCGUCGAUGGAAUUAAUAACUACACAUGCCUUUGCCCACCUGAGUACACAGGUGAGUUGUGUGAGGAGAAGCUGGACUUCUGUGCGCAGGACCUGAACCCCUGCCAACACGACUCCAAGUGCAUCCUGACGCCAAAGGGAUUCAAAUGUGACUGCACGCCAGGAUACAUAGGCGAACACUGUGACAUUGACUUUGAUGACUGCCAAGAUAACAAGUGUAAAAACGGAGCCCACUGCACUGAUGCAGUGAACAGUUAUACAUGCAUCUGCCCUGAAGGUUACAGUGGCUUGUUUUGUGAGUUUUCUCCACCCAUGGUUCUCCCUCGUACCAGCCCCUGUGAUAAUUUUGAUUGUCAGAAUGGAGCUCAGUGCAUCAUCAGGAUAAAUGAGCCAAUAUGCCAGUGUUUGCCUGGCUACCAGGGAGAGAAGUGUGAAAAACUGGUCAGUGUGAACUUUGUAAACAAAGAGUCUUAUCUUCAGAUCCCUUCUGCCAAGGUUCGGCCUCAAACAAACAUCACUCUUCAGAUUGCCACAGAUGAAGAUAGUGGAAUCCUCUUGUAUAAGGGUGACAAAGACCAUAUCGCCGUAGAGCUCUACCGGGGACGUGUUCGUGCCAGCUAUGACACCGGCUCCCACCCAGCUUCUGCCAUUUACAGCGUGGAGACGAUCAAUGAUGGAAAUUUUCACAUUGUGGAACUACUCGCCCUGGAUCAGAGUCUCUCCCUCUCUGUGGAUGGAGGGAGCCCCAAAAUUAUCACCAACUUGUCAAAGCAGUCCACUUUGAAUUUUGACUCCCCACUCUAUGUCGGAGGCAUGCCCGGGAAGAACAAUGUGGCCGCAGCUCUGCGCCAGGCCCCCGGGCGGAACGGCACCAGCUUCCACGGCUGCAUCCGGAACCUUUACAUCAACAGCGAGCUGCAGGACUUCCGGAAGGUGCCCAUGCAGACCGGCAUCCUGCCCGGCUGUGAGCCGUGCCACAAGAAGGUGUGUGCCCACGGCACGUGCCAGCCUAGCACCCAGUCCGGCUUCACCUGCGAGUGCCAGGAAGGAUGGACGGGGCCCCUCUGUGACCAGAGGACCAAUGACCCCUGUCUUGGAAAUAAAUGCGUCCAUGGCACCUGCCUGCCCAUCAACGCGUUCUCCUACAGCUGCAAGUGCCUGGAGGGCCAUGGGGGCGUCCUCUGUGAUGAAGAGGAGGAUCUGUUUAACCCCUGCCAGGCGAUCAAGUGUAAGCAUGGGAAAUGCAGGCUCUCAGGACUGGGACAGCCCUACUGUGAAUGCAGCAGUGGAUACACUGGGGACAGCUGUGAUCGAGAAAUCUCUUGUCGAGGGGAACGGAUAAGAGAUUAUUACCAAAAGCAGCAGGGCUAUGCCGCUUGCCAAACAACUAAGAAGGUCUCCCGGUUGGAAUGCAGAGGGGGGUGUGCAGGCGGGCAGUGCUGCGGACCUCUGAGGAGCAAGCGACGGAAAUACACUUUCGAAUGCACUGAUGGAUCAUCGUUUGUGGACGAGGUUGAGAAGGUGGUGAAGUGUGGUUGUACCCACUGCGCCUCCUAAACCACGUCCCUGGCAGCUUUGGUCUUUGGAAAAUGUUGUAUACUUCUUGACCCUGUUGGACUCACGAAUGCUUCAUAGUGGAAAUAAUUGAAAUAUAUUGUAAAAUACAGAACAGACUUAUUUUUAUUAUGAGAAUGAAGACUUUUUUCUGCAUUU